ACACAGAACAACUACAGGACAUAUAUGGAUAAACUUUGGAUAAAAACAGGCUGAAAGAAUUGAAAGAAAAAAGAAUAAUGUUGCUGAAGGUUUUUGUAACCCUAACUCUAACAAUGUCAAGCAAACUGACCUUUACAUGCAGAUAAUGAAGGAGAAGAAAUCAGGCAAGAAUAUGGAUAAAACACUGAUGCUACUGAAACUUACAACCAUUGUUUUGCUGGCGAUCUUCAUCGCAAUGGUAACGAUGUACUUGGGCGCAGAACAUCAAGGCAACCAGAUGGAAAUAGAUCAAACUCUAUGCGUAUCAUGUGAUCAAGUCGACCUAACAGACAAUAUUUCACGCAAUUUGCGGGGCGCUGUUUCACGACACGAAGUACAGGGGUCAUACUUAUCCGAGUGUUGUGGGAAAACGAGCGUCAUCCUUUAUCAGAUGGUUGUAAAGAAACUCCAAAUGAGGAAGAAUAGACUAAGUCAAGCGUAUAUCAAAUGCAGUCAAAACCCUUCUGCUCAAAUGAAUGGAAUAGUAACCAAACAAAGCUCUGGAGAAGUCGAAGAUGUAAUCCACUGGAAUACAACCUUGCCAUCGUUUUUGAAGGGAGGUAUAGGCUAUAGAGACAGUAGACUGACAGUUUCCAAUACAGGAUACUACUUUGUGUACUUCCAAAUACAAAGUGAAACAAGCAUAGGAUCAGAUGAUACCCAGCGACAUUCCCUUUAUCGCAUACCGUCAGAAAAUGGAGAAGCUGAAAUGUUACUGGAAACCUUCAAACCAAAGUGUGAGGCACCUACUCAUGGAGUAGCAUCAACGUCCAAUAUUGGAGCUGUAUUUUAUUUGAAAGCCCAUGAUGAACUGUUCGUAAACACGUCACAACCUGAGAAUCUGGUGAAAAGUAUCAGCGGAAACUACUUUGGGCUUUUUAUGACUUAAUGGGUUUUGUGAACAAUUUUAUUCUCGCAUGAAAAGAAAGUAAUCAUACAGAUCUUCCACGCCGAUUUCAGCUAUAGGCAUCCUGUGCAUUUGUUUGGAAAAUAAUGAUGCUAUAUAUUAUAUAAACAUCUAUAGACAGUUCGGGACCCCUAAGUAAAUCCAGCACUCAUUUACUUUAUAUUAAUUGACUGAAGGUAAACAAAUUAGCAAUGUGCAGUUCAUGGUGACCUUGGUUUCACGAUCUGUCAUUUUUCAACCAAAACAGACACGGCCAACAAGACCUAUGGAAUAUAGGUAGAUCAAUUACAUGUCGUCGUUCAUUUUUGAGAAAUAAGUGACUAAAUUUGACAAUUGCGUUAGUUGUAAACCAUCCUGGCAAUGCAAAUGCUACGACUAAACAACCAGUUAAAAGCUUCUAAAAUACAACCACAUACGUGUAAGUUAUUACAAAAACACAAAAUUUACAUAAGCCUCCCUUUCCUUGCAUGUGCCUAGCGAACAAAAAUUGACCUUUCUCUAUUUUGUGAAAAUCGAAACGGUUGGUUUGUUGUUGUUGUUGUUUCUUCUUGUUGUUAUUGUUGUUGUUGCUCCUGCUGUUUCAAAUUUCUAAGUGGAGUAACUCAAAUGUGACAAUUGCUGAAAAAUGACAAGAGAGUGAACGUGAAAUGCAUACUUUGCCAAAUUGUUUACUAACAUCAAGCAAUAUAUAAUAAAUGGGUGCUGGAUUUAUUUCUGAGUCCUGAACUGUCUAUGAAUGUAUUUUUAUUAUAUAUAGCAUCAUUAUUGACCAAAUAAUGUCCCUAAUGCCUAUGAUUUUAACUAUACCCUUGGGCUUCCUCUUAACUAAUUUUACAAUACUGUUUCGUAUUUACAACAAACAAUCCAAUAUUUUUUUCUGAAAUGCAUAAACAAACUAACAUAAGAGGAACACUCAGUUGUCAAGCACGAAGUAUAUAAAUGAAAGUAAUUACUUUAUUUUUAAUUUUUAACGCAGUUACACAAAAUGACGGUUGCUCUAAAUAUAAAGCUGGGUAGUCUACUGAACACUGCACAUGCAACAUCAAUAAAUUUCAUAUUUUACGCAAACUGUAAAUUAAAAUAUAGAGUCAAAUAAUACUGCACAUUUUUUUGUUCAGACUAAAGUAUAAGCAAAAUUAACUACAAGGACAACCUAGGCAACACGGCAUUUCCUCUUAAAAACAGUUUCGUUGAAAUAAAUUGAUUCUUUACAAAGCUGCUGUUUUUAAAACAUGCAUUUUAAAAUUUCACCACUUUCAAAUAGGUAUACAAAUAUUUUGUUAUUUCUCUAUGUAAAUUAUACAGACGUCAAAAUCUGAGGAUAUGAUAUAUAAUUGACAAAUUAAAUAAUUUUGAUACUCAAUCAAGACUUUAGAUAGCAAUGUGCUUUGAGCAUAAUCUUUGGGUCUUAACCAUUACGAAUUUAAGUCUUGUUACAAAUAUGAAAGUGCACACGUGGGAAAAAUGUAUCAUGUCGUAAGCAAUUUGUAUGGGGUUAUUUUAUACAUUCAACAUUUAGACUGCCCUAGGGUAUAAAUUGAACAUGUGGAGGAGGGUACUGUAGUUAGUUUUAAGUGCACUAAGUGAGCUAUUUUAAAACAGUCCGACUGUAAAUAGAUUAAAUUGUUGCUUGGUGAAACUUAACUAACAACAAGUGUAUAAGUUUAAAGUGUGUUGUUUUUUUUCUUUUAUAUGUAUUAUACAGCUGUUGCUAAUUAUUCCAUUAAUUACUUGAAGAAAGCCUAUUUUGUAAAUAUUGUACUGUUACCAAAACUUAAUAUUAAAAAUGAUAUAUUUAUUUCUGAUAGACAAAGUAUUAAAAUCAAAUAAUUGAAAUGUUACUUUAAUAUGCUAGUAUUAAGUAAUUUUAAGACCAGUUCAAGACAAAUGCAAAUCUCAUAUAAUUAUUUUUACCAAUUAUAGUAUUAGAUAUUGUAUCCAGCUUUAGUUAUUUGGGAAAAAAACACUGUUACAUCACAACUGCAAGUAAAAAUAAUUGUGGCAUUUUAUGUUUUAAUUCUGCAUUGAUUAAAAUAUACAUGCAAGCAAAAUAGUUAGUGAUCAAUAUUUCAUCAAUAUCCCAACCAAACUAUAAAGAAAUGCAAAAGAACAAAUAGAAUUGGUAUGUUUUUGCUUUUUGGUAUAUUCAGUGAGCUUGGAGAAGCUGACACCGAAGUCGAAGAUCAAAGUUCAAGCUAGACAGCUAACUUAAAGCUCAAGCUUCACAUUCGACAUUUUAUGAAGAUAAAUUUCGAUCAUCGUGUUUGCCUUCUGGUUGGAAAUUCAAUUUGCCAACUGUUUGUGCUAAUUCAGUUAAUCUUCUCUUCAGUCCGAUUCUAAUUGUUGAAUACAAGAACCGAAAGUUAAAAUGUAAUUUUGUCACGAUUUUUAUUAUUUCUACAAGAACAUACAACUAUCGGUAAGAGUUGAGCUUAAAUUUUGAAACUGAACAUAAAAGCAGAUACGUCAUCAUAUUGUUUCAUUCUAAGAGGACUUCAACAACGGUAAAUAGUUUGGUUAGCAUUUAGCUUUGACAAAAGCAUAAUUCUGGAAAGUAAGCUGGAGAAUAUUACAAGGAAAAUGUAUUUGAAGUAUCAGUGCCAUAGCCAAUAAUUUAGGUAACACAUUGUAAUUCUCUGUACUUUAUUAUAUAUCAAAAUAAAUAUCGUUGUAUCUUU